AGAAAUCCGGGAAAAUACACACACUGUUGACACAAAUCAAAGAAAGGUCCGUACUGUUUCUUUUAAAAUUUAACUUGACACUACACAACACAAACCAGGAUUUAAAUAAUUGGGUGUAUUUUCCUAAAUAUAUAUAAUAUAUAAUAUAUAAUAUAUUAUUGUUGGGUAAGAAAAGGGGAAAAAGUACUCUCAUCUAGAAGAUGGCCGCCACCGCCCGCCAGUCGGCGAUUUAUCCCUUUCUUGCAUGGCCACCGCACUCUUGGCCCUCGGCACACUAGUACUGGUCCUCUCUCUCUGUCAAUCUCGUCUGUCUCUGUCUUCUCAUUGGCUCAUACGCCGUUUUAUAAACAAUGUGCGUUGAAACGACGAAGGAGGCGCGCGCGUGCCAGCUCCUCGUCUCUUUCUCUUUCUCACCGAUACUACUCGGUAAUUUACGAUUAUCCUCUUUACUUGUUUCUUUCUCUGUCAGAGCUCUCUCAAGUUGUUCUGGUCGUUUUGCUGCUGCUGCUGCUGCUGCUGCUGCUGCUGCUGGUAGUGCUCUGUUGAUGGUUGACGCCGAUGAUGAUGACGAUGGUGGUGGUAGUAGUGCUGUUGCUGCUGCAACGCCUCUUCUGUGCUCCAAGACAGUCAACAGCUUUUCCAGCGGUUCUUUUCAGGGCCAAACCACCGAUUAUUAUAUACGUUGCACUACAUAUUACAAACAGAACACACCAGCUGAUUUUGUUGUGAAGAAAAUACACACUUAAAAAAUAAAUUAAGUCCGUCACAACAGACGUUUACGCCGGAGUGAUACAGUAUGACAGCACAGAAGAUCACACCCACACGUAAAUAGAAUGGCCGACCAGACAAAACCAACUUAAAGCCGAUCCAAUUUUGUUUUGCGUGCAAUAGGUGACGACGGUUACGUCCCAAGCAUCGUACUCUCACAGUCUCACGAAGCUUCGUGUUCUCUAUGGGAAGGGGAGGGGACAUUGUAGCAAGAGGGGUAAGACGAAGGGAAAGCAUCAACCAACUUGCAUGGAUUUCUCAGUUCUUAGUCUUAUAUUCUUACUUAUACCAUAGCUUCACAUUAUAUUAUCUUCUUUUUCUUUCUAUUCUCAUUCUCUUAUCCUCCUUUCAUUCCAUUCCACGGUCUUCCUCAUCUAUCCUCUUUACUUAGCCACUUUUUUUCACUCCAUCGUGUACAUUCCACGUCGGCGUUCUUCGGACCUAUGAUUUUUUAAAUUUAAGCUGCUGACAUUUGAAAAUUUUUAUUUA